AUUUUAAUUUAAUUUAAUUUGUCAAUGUCGUGGUUCUACAUAAAAAUAUAAACACAAAAAUACUUGACUCUUCUCCUUUAAACGUUUUAAAGUUUCUAUUUUUGCAGCCUUAUAUAAUGCAAUAGUGUAGUAUUUGAUUUUAUUGAACUAGUAUCAAUGUAAGUGUAUAAUGUCCGCGUUCUUAGAAAGUUCGUAAGCUUUUUUAAAAGGUUUUUCCUAAAUUUUUAUUACAAGCUGUGUAAGUUAACGUGUUGAAUAAUGCUACCGGGACGUGGAGUGGGCUGUUUGCCGGAUAAUCCUUUGGGUCUUUCUUGGCAUGACAGUAAUUGGAUUCCGAUGCUCAACUCUAAUAACAUACUAGACUAUUUCUCGGAACGUAGUAAUCCAUUUUACGAUCGGAGUUGUAAUAAUGAAGCUAUUAAAAUGCAACGGCUCAGUAUGGAUCAGUUGAGUAAUAUGAUUGGACUGGAGUAUUGUCUUCUUCAUGUGCAAGAACCAAUUUUGUAUGUAGUACGUAAACAACACAGACAUUCUCCAACACAUUCUACACCAAUUGCCGAUUUUUACAUUGUUGCUGGAAUAGUUUAUCAAGCUCCAGAUCUUCUUUCAAUUAUUAAUUCUCAUAUGAUGUCUUCAGCAUACCAUUUAGAGACUGCAUUCGAAGAACUAAAUUCAUUAGCUAGAUUUCAUCCAUCUAAAGGUUAUUCAUGGGAAAAUCGUAGACCUGGUCAGCCAACUGGUCCUGUAACAGCUCCUCCACCAUCUCCAGUUAAGGUUACCGGCAAAAGAGACAUUGAAGAAGCUAGUUCCCAAUUUCAAAGAUUACGAGUAGACAUGUUGUUAGUUGAAUUAACAAGAAAGUUUCCUUUACCUUUACCUCAAGCUCUUUCAGCAACACCUCAAAAUACUAUAAAUAAUCAACAAACAAAUGAACUAAUUAAAAAAGAAGUGAAACAAGAAAUAAAACAGGAAAUGAUUCAAGACAUAAAUAUUAAACAAGAACCUCAGCCUACUAACUCUUUAUCGCCAUCAAUGAGACCACCUCCAGAGAAAAAGUUUAAGCCGGCAUAAUGCACUUCUUAUGCAUGACGUAUUUGUAUAUUAUUUAUUCAAAUGAUCUGCAUUUUAUAUACAGACUAAAGUGAA